AUGCUGCACUACUCGGCCAAGGGGCGCCUCGGCACGCUCAAGCUGCUGCAGCCGAUCGCCAAAUCGGCCUGGAUUCUUUCCGAGGGAGCCAUCUACUAUGAUCAAAAUGCACUUCUUGGAAGCGGCAACUUUGACGCCGUCUACAAAGGCAUUUUUCACGCACCGGAAGAGUACGGCGCCGUCAUGGAAGCGCCACCGGUGAUGGUCAUCCUGGAAUACUGCAGCGGAGGGUCGCUCGACACCCAUCUAUGCGCCCACCCCAAGAUCGAGGCGGCCGAGCUGAUCAUCUACGCGCGUGACAUGUCGAAAGGCGUCGUCCAUAUCCACGAGAAGGGCUUUUUGCACCCAUUCGGCACGCUGAUCUACGAGCUCAUGCACCAGGGCGAGCAGCCGUGGCUCGACUUGGUGCCGAAGGCGAUCUCGCAGGCCAUCCGUCGAGGCGAAAUGCCCGAGCUGCCCCCCGAUACGCCGACCGAAGUCGUGAAGCUCCUCAAAAAUCACAUCUGGGUCAGCGACCCGUCAAAGCGUUCGUCCAUGGAGAAGCUGCUCGACAGGCUCGACAUCAUCCAUCAGCGGCUUGGCGCGCCGACACACUGGGCCCUGCCGAGGCACCACGACGAAGAAGAAGAAGAAGAGCAAGCAGACGAUGAAGACGUGCCAGAAGCCCAAGAGGUCAAGCCCGAUCCGCUCGCCCGGCGUCGCGAGCAGCAGCCGAAGGAAGGCGGAAAAUCGAAGGAGGACAGCAAGCCGGAGAAGGGAGAGAAAGACGUGCCGAAGGGAGAGAAGCAAGAAGGAGAAGGAGAGCCCGAGGAAGAUGCCCUGAAGAAGCGCAUCCAGACUUGUUAUAUCUGCGACGAGGUGACCGAGUGCGGCCGUGUGCGCAAGAUCGAGCCGUUGUGCGGGCAUUGUGCCCGCAAGAUCCGACGCUCCUACGAGCACACCGACAUCAACGCCCGGGCCUGCUACUGGGGAUGCGAGCGUGUUCUAGAAUACAGGCGCCACCGACACUUUGAGGAAAAAUUCUUCAAAGUGAUGCUAGGAAGCAUUUGCUCCCACCACCUGAUCGAUUUUUUGGAAGAGGAUCUGCGGCCAUCAACAGAAGGAGAUGAU